AUGAUAUGCAUGCCCGCACGUAUUUGUAUGAUCCCCGAGCGCGCUUGUCUCAGCGUGGGCCCCGUUCGCCCGUCCUCUCCUCCGCCCGGUCGUCCUCCUCCUGCUCCUGCGGGCGACGCCCAGAGACGGGAGCUGCGCGCCUCGCCCGCUGCCCGCGGCGGAGGCAUGCGCGGAGCCUCGCGCCGCGGGUGCCAGAGCAUGUCAGGCGUCUGCGCAGGCAGGGAGGGGUGCCUCGACGUGGCCGCCGGUGCGCCCGCCACGCUGUUGUGCGGAAGCCGCCGCCUGCCCCGUGGCCUGCGCGGAGCCUCGCGCCGCAGGCGCGAGAGCAUGGCGGGCGUCUGCGCAGGCAGGGACGGGUAA